AUGGUAACAAAAUUAAACACGAAGCGUUACGUUAGAGCUAAUAGAGACUCAUUCAUACAUGCGGUCGAGGCAUUUCAAGGCCAUUUGAAGCCAAUAACAUUGGUAGUGGACAAUAAUGCACUACAAACUUUGGACUCUAUAUUUACUUUUAGUAAAUUAAAGCAGGAAACACAGGUGGAAAAUGUUGUUAAAUGUGAUGAAGAAGCAUCGUCGGUACUUCACGCCUUAAUUGAUGACACAACGGUGGUGUUUUUAGUCGAUGUGAGAAGUGAUUUAGUACUUAACAAAGAGAUGGAGAAGCUACUAAGAGAACUUCGUUCAUCUUCUGUCAACAUAAUAACAACUACAAAUAAUGGAAGAGAUACAGAACAGGGACUCAUAAGGGACUACUUACGCGAGAUUAUUCCUUUGGAGCUAGUCCUAGUGAAAUGGCAUAUAUUACCGAUGGAGUCGUUAGAUGAUAACGUCUUGGAUUGUAACAUCUUAAUGAAUUCAGAAGGAAACAAUUUGUAUUACCCCAAGAAUCCAUAUUAUAGGAAUGCAACUGUAAACAUUUUGGUGAAUAAUCUAUCUGAUUCGGUUGUGUCAAUUCUCGAAAAGGAAAACAUAACGCUAAUAAAGAGCGUAGCUCUAGGGGAAAAUAGCAAACGCCUAAUUGAUAUUAUACAACAGCGCUUAGAGCUAUCAGAUACUACUGAAAAGAAAUUUAUUAGAGAUGCAAAGUUCGGAAAGCUAAAAUCAGGGGAACGAAAUGAUCUCAUUGUUUUUGAACGUUCAUUAGAUACUUUGACACCAAUGAUGACUGAUUUAACUUAUUCUGGAAUUUUGUCUGAAACCAAAAGAAUGGAUUUCACUCCUAACGAUGAUGAUAUAUGGGAUCAGCUGAAGUUUCUGAAUUUUGGUGCAGUGGGAUCUAAUCUUAACACGUUAGCCAAAGAUUUACAAAUGAAGUACGAGUCUCGUCAUGAAGCCAACACAAUAUCUGAAAUCAAGAACUUUGUGGACAAUCUUGGGGAUUUACAAUCUAGACAGGAAGUGCUAAAGAAACACACGGUCCAAAGUUCUGAGCUCAUGGAUUUCUUGAAGGAGAUAGAUUUUAAAGACACAAUUGAUUUUGAACAUAACCUAUAUGAAAAUUCACUAGAUUCUUCAACCGUCAUUAACAAGAUAGUCGAAAUGAUGUGUUUCGAAACAGAAGAAUCUAAUAUACUCCGCCUCUGCUGUCUGUUCUCACAAAUUAAGCAAGGACUCAGAGAAAAGGAUUUCACUGCAUUAAGACAAGAAUUGGUAGAUACAUUUGGUAACGAAAUGAUCUUUAAACUAAAAGCGCUAGAAGACUAUAAACUACUUUCUAAAAAACAUUUAGAGAACUCGAAAGACUAUCAAUCAAUUAUCAAAGUUUUCGAUACAAUGCCUGAUGUAGACAUAGAGCCAUUGAAACCACGCGAUAUGAAUUAUGCAUUUUCUGGAGCAGUUCCAAUCAUGUCUAGAUUGUUACAGUCGAUGUUUGAUAGAAGUGUUUUCGUGAAGAAUAACAAUUCGAUCUUGCAAUCAUUUAUUCAUUCAAAAGAGCCAACACUAACGCGAUUGGAAACAUUACUAGCGGAUAUGAAGAUCCCAGUAGAUGAGAGGAACUGGAUUAAUAAGGAUGGGAAAAUUAUUGGGGACGUAAAGAAUGAACCUGAUUUAACUUUACUAGUUUUUAUCGGGGGGAUUACUCGCGGAGAGAUAUCUACUAUCAAGUUUUUACAAGAGAGGUUGAGAAGCAUGGAUAUACCCAAAGAAUUUGUCAUUGUAACAGAUGGAAUCAUAACCGGGAACGAAAUUUUCGCUAAAGACAUCAGCGCUCCAAUGAAAGCUGCUGUAAACUGA